GAAGAGAUGGGAUGAAGCUGUUGUUCCUGUUAAUGAUGGUGAUUAUAAAAGUAGUAAGCUUUCUGAUUCUAGACAUGAUAGUAGUGGUGGAGAGAAAGGUUCUGUUAGUAAUGAACAUGGUGAGGGUAGGAGUCAUUCGAAGUCUGAUAGGAGUUUGAAGGCUAGUAGUAGAGAGGAUAAGAGUAAGAGUCGAGGUGUGAAAGAUGAUGAUAGGGGUAGUCCUCUCAAGAAAACGAGUGGUAAGGAUGGUUCUGAGACAGUGAGAGAAGUGGGUCGAUCUAACAGGUCUAAGACACCAGACAGAAGUGGGAAGCGUCAUCAAGAAUCUGAACAUUCGGAUGCAGACUACGAAAAAGAGAAAUAUGGUCGGAAAGAUGAGAGAUCCAGAGGUAGGGAUGAUGGCUGGUCUGAUAGGGAUAGGGAUCAAGAAGGCUCAAAGGAUACUUGGAAGAGAAGACAUUCUAGUAUUAGUGAUAAAGAUCAGAAAGAUGGGGACUUGCUUUAUGAUCGUGGCAGGGAACGGGAGUUCCCAAGGCAAGGACGUGAAAGGAGUGAAGGCGAGAGGUCUCAUGGUCGUUUGGGUGGCAGGAAAGAUGGAAACAGGGGUGAAGCAGUUAAAGCUUUGUCAAGUGGUGGCGUUUCAAAUGAGAAUUAUGAUGUAAUUGAGAUACAAACCAAGCCACUUGAUUAUGUCAGAGCAGAAUCAGGUCCCAACUUUGCUCGUACGACUGAAUCCGGUCAGCAGCCUCCUAAAAAGCCUACUAAUAAUGAUGAAGAGUGGGUUUACAACCAGGAAGGUAGUAGACAGAGAAGUGAGACUUUUGGGUUUGGAACUUAUGGGGAGGAUUCGAGAGAUGAAGCUGGUGAAGCCAGUUCUGAUUACUCAGGGGCUAAAGCAAGAAACCAGAGAGGUGCAACCCCUGGUCGAACUCAUUCUAUGCAAACCCCUAAUAGAGGUCCGCAGGCUCCACAAGGCAUGAGAGGGAACAGACCCUCAAGGGGUGGGAAAGGAAGACCUGCUGGUGGCAGAGAGAACCAACAAGGUGCCAUUACAAUGCCUAUCAUGGCGUCACCAUUUGCGAAUCUUGGAAUGCCACCACCCAGCCCUAUUCAUUCUCUUACUCCUGGUAUCUCGCCAAUUCCAGGCGGUCCUGUUACCCCUAUCUUCAUGCCUUCAUUUGCCCCGACUCUUGUCUGGCCUGGGGCCCGAGGAGUUGAUGGCAGUAUGUUACCUGUUCCUCCUGUUCUCUCGCCUCUUCCUCCUGGACCAUCAGGCCCAAGAUUUCCUUCAAUUGGCACUCCACCAAACCCGAAUAUGUUCUUUAAUCCACCAGGUUCUGACAGAGGAGGGCCACCUAACUUCUCUGGGCCUGCAUUUAAUGUUUCUGGACAAAUGGGACGUGGAAUGCCAUCUGAUAAAAAUUCAGGGGGUUGGGUUCCUCCUCGAGGUGGUGGACCUCCUGGAAAAGCUCCUUCUAGGGGAGAGCAAAAUGACUAUUCCCAGAACUUUGUGGAUACUGGAAUGCGNCCCCAGAAUUUCAUCCGAGAGCUGGAGCUUACCAAUGUGGAAGACUACCCCAAGCUGAGAGAGCUCAUACAGAAGAAGGAUGAGAUUGUAUCUAACUCAGCUUCUGCACCAAUGUAUUUUAAAGGCGACUUGCAUGAAGUUGAGUUAUCUCCCGAGUUAUUUGGAACAAAGUUUGAUGUUAUUCUUGUUGACCCACCGUGGGAGGAAUAUGUCCAUAGAGCUCCUGGUGUUUCUGAUAGUAUGGAGUAUUGGACAUUUGAAGACAUUAUCAAUCUCAAGAUUGAG